GGUGUCAGCCUGGGCCGCGCGGGGCUCCGCCCUCUUCCAUCCCCAGCGCUCUGGCUCUUUCGCCUUUCCCCCCUCCCACCCCUUCGUCCGGCUCGAAGUUGUCAAUCAGGGGCCGGGGCUGAGGCAGGCGGCGGCAGCGGGCGGAGAGACGGGCAGCUACGCCACAGCCCAGCGGCGGCCAUUCGUGGAAAAAUAGGCCGACCUGCUCCUCCCAGCUCCGGCAGCGACCGGCCUUCUCCCCGCCGCUACCCCCAGCACCCCGCCCUUCGUCCCUCCCCUCCUCCUCGAGCCGCGCCUCAGCGGGUGUUAAUGCGGGAUGAGCGAUCAAAAGGAAGAAGCUAUGGCCUCAGAGGGAGAAAAAUCUCCCGAGGCUGAAAACAACAAUAAGAAAAGCAAAACUGGAGCCUCUCAGGAUUCCCAGCCUUCACCUCUGGCUUUGCUAGCAGCAACUUGCAGUAAAAUAGGGACUCCUGGUGAAAAUCAAGCAACUGGACAACAGAUUAUUAUAGAUCCAAGUCAAGGUUUGGUGCAGCUUCAGAAUCAACCACAACAGUUAGAAUUAGUCACAACUCAGCUUGCUGGAAAUGCUUGGCAACUUGUUGCUGCUGCUGCUCCUCCUCCUCCUCCUGCUUCAAAAGAGAACAAUGUCCAACAAGCAUCUUCUGUUGCUUCAAGUGCAGCAAGUCCUUCCAGCAGCAACAAUGGAAAUGCAUCCCCUUCAAAAACAAAACCAAACAAUUCUUCUGGAAUAACUCCAGGACAGUUUCAAGUAAUACAAGUACAGAAUCCAGGUGGUAGUGUUCAGUACCAAGUGAUUCCACAGAUUCAGACAACGGAAGGUCAACAAAUUCAGAUAAAUCCUGCUAAUGCCGCAGCUCUGCAAGAUUUACAGGGUCAAAUUCAGCUCAUCCCUGCAGGGAAUAAUCAAGCUAUUAUUACAACUACAAAUAGGACAGCUUCUGGGAAUAUUAUUACUCAGAAUCUGGCAAAUCAAACAGUGCCAGUCCAAAUAAGGCCUGGUGUUUCUAUUCCACUGCAGUUACCUAUUGCUGGUACUCAGGCACAAGUUGUAACAUCACUGCCUAUAAACAUUGGGGGAGUGACUCUGGCAUUACCUGUAAUAAAUGUUGCAGCUGGUGGUAGUUCUGGACAGGUUGCUCAGUCCACUGAUAGUGGAGUUUCCAAUGGAAAUCAGCUGUUAUCAACACCUGUCACAACAGCUUCUGUUAGUACUAUGCCAGAUUCUCCUUCUUCUUCCACUUGCACAACUACUGCUUCCACAUCACUAACAAGCAGUGAAACUUUAGUAAGCUCGGCAGAAACAGGCCAGUAUGCAAGCACAGCAAACAGUUCUGAGCCUAAUACUGAAGAAACUCAAACAACCACAUCAGAGACAGAAACUCCGAACUCCAGUCAGCUUCAGUCUAAUGGAUUGCAAAAUGUGCAGGAACAGUCAAAUUCACUACAGCAGGUGCAAAUAGUAGGUCAGCCUAUUCUGCAGCAAAUACAGAUCCAGCAGCCACAGCAGCAGAUCAUUCAGGCUAUAUCACCACAGUCUUUUCAGCUUCAAUCAGGACAAACUAUUCAAACCAUUCAGCAGCAGUCCUUGCAAAAUGUUCAGCUACAAGCAAUGAGUCCAACGCAAGUGCUUAUAAGAGCACCAACUUUAACUCCAUCAGGGCAAAUAAGUUGGCAAACAGUGCAGGUCCAAAAUCUUCAAAGCCUUUCAAAUCUCCAAGUUCAAAAUGCUGGGUUACCUCAGCAACUCACCAUCACCCCUGUAUCGUCAAGUGGUGGUACUAUAGCUCAGAUUGCACCAGUAGCUGUUGCUGGUACACCAAUAACGCUAAAUGCUGCUCAGAUUGCUUCAGUGCCUAAUCUUCAAACAGUAAGUGUAGCCAACUUAAGUGCUGCAGGUGUGCAAGUUCAAGGCGUUCCAGUCACCAUUACAAGUGUUGCAGGACAACAACAAGGACAGGAAGGAGUGAAAGUACAGCAAGCCACAAUAGCUCCUGUAACAGUAGCAGUAGGAGGGAUUGCUAAUGCAGCAAUUGGUGCUGUUAGUCCCGAUCAGAUAACUCAGGUGCAGUUGCAACAAGCCCAGCAAGCUUCUGAUCAAGAAGUGCAACCUGGGAAAAGGUUAAGAAGAGUUGCUUGCUCGUGUCCUAAUUGCAGAGAAGGAGAAGGAAGAAGCAGUAAUGAACCAGGAAAAAAGAAACAGCAUAUCUGCCAUAUAGAAGGUUGUGGAAAAGUAUAUGGGAAAACAUCUCAUCUUCGGGCGCACCUUCGAUGGCAUACUGGAGAGAGGCCAUUUAUAUGCAAUUGGAUCUUCUGUGGGAAACGAUUUACAAGGAGUGAUGAAUUGCAAAGACACAGGCGAACCCAUACCGGUGAAAAAAGAUUUGAAUGUCCAGAAUGUUCUAAAAGAUUUAUGCGAAGCGACCAUCUCUCUAAGCAUGUCAAAACCCAUCAGAACAAGAAGGGUGGGGGAACAGCCCUUGCUAUAGUUACCUCAGGUGAAUUGGACUCUUCAGUUACUGAGGUUCUUGGAUCUCCAAGGAUUGUCACAGUUGCAGCCAUUUCUCAAGAUUCAAACCCAGCAACCCCUAAUGUUUCAACAAACAUGGAGGAAUUCUGAAGGAACAUUAUACCAAUGCCUAGAGCUGCACUUAAGUUUACAUACCUUUCAAGAUACGGAAGUGGGCUGGUAAAAGUGUAUUACAGAGCAGGAAAUCAUGUAUUCAAUCUUGAUUUCUGUAAGUAUUCCAAGUUGGAGGAUUAGCACAGGAAGUGUACAUUGUACAGCAAGACAACAUUUUCAAAAAUGAAAACUGAGCCAACUGACACUGACAAAUUAAUGGAUAGAACAGAUGAGGAAAAUAUUACUUCCACACUGUACUAAUUUAUGUAAUUCUGUAUCACGCAAUGGAAUUUUAAUUAGAUUUUUUUCUUCUCUUUUAACAUAUGUAGGUGUUUGUUGUAACAACAAACAAUACGAAUAUGCAACAGGACAGCUGUUGGCUAGGGGGUUUUCCUCAUGGAAGUCUCUAUUUUCAUGGGAAUUUACUUUGUCCAAAAGGCACAAUAAAAUGCAUAAUAAGCUAGUGAAGAUGAAAAACUUUUCUUUCCUUUUGGGUUGUAAAACAUUAGAUUUGGCCAUCUUUGCUCAUUUUUAAAAAGAAUUCAGAUGGCAUGAUGUUAAGUGGGUCUGAGGUACAUCUCAGAUAAUUGUGGGCACUACAUUAUAGUAGUGUGUAUAAUGACAAUCAGUAAACACAGAUUAUUCUCUUUCUAGGAGAAGAGAUCUAUAGAGCCAGUGUAUACUGUAGCAAAUAUUGAAUCUUAGAAAUAUAUUGACAUAAGAUUUUAAUUAACUUCUAUGUAAAAAUGAAAUAUUGGAACCUAUGUGAAAAGCCCUAUACUUUAACUCAUCCCAUUUCAAGAUGUAGGUGAUCUAUUUCUAAACCUUGGUUAAUUUCAGUUACAAAGCCUAUAAUUUAAGUAUUUAUGUUUUAUUAGAAUACCUGGAAAUGGGAAUUAGAAUGUUGCAGAAUUUAUGUACCACUGUCAACCUUGUCAAUAUCAAAUAUUGUGGUUAAUGUACUGAAUUCUUUAGACUUUGACAUAACAGCCAAAGAAAGGGAUGAAUAACUUCAACCAAAAGUGUAACUGUAAAUUAAUAUAUUAUCUAUCUUUCCUUAUGAAAAAUAAUGGCUGGAAUCCAAAGUGCUACUUCUAGCUUUCUAAAGGGUUUCAGCACACCCAGUAAAAUUUUUGACAUUUCCCUCCAUUGAACAGUCUAUGGUGCCAUAUAACAAAUUCCUUUUGAAAGUCCCGUGUCAGAAAUUGCUUGCUUUGUAGCCUUAGGGGUUUGCUAUUUGAGAAACUCAAGUCAAAGUCACUUUGGAUGUAUAGCCCUAGUUGAAAGAAAUUUUGGAUUCUGAUAAAAUUUUACAUUCCCACUCCUUCUCUAUAUAGGCUGGUAAAAAUAAUUUUAAAGAAUGUUUAUUCAAUCAACCAUUUUGAUUCUUUAUAAAUAAGGCACAUAAGAAAAAAUAUAGUUGUUCUGCUUGAGUAAAGUGAUUGUGUUCUCAUUAUAUUCUGUUAGUACAGCACAUUUCAAAAAAGUCAAAAGCACUGGUUUAUUUUAUGUCGCAGGUCCUGCUCUUGUUCAUGACAACUAAGUUGGCCAUAAUAACUACUGGUGCUCUGUAGGAUUGUACAUUCCUGUCUAUCAAGUGUCAACAUCCCACCAAAGAGUGGGACCUAUAUGAGCGUCAUGAUGUAUGGAUAGUGAUGUACAUGUCUAUCAAAUGCACUUAUGAAAGACAUCUGACUAUAGCUCUCACACUGGAUUUGGGCAUCAGUGUGUAAAUUUGAGUACACAGCAGAAAUAUGACCAAAUAAAAUAUUAUUUUUAAACAUUUCUGAUUGACAUAAAUAUUUUGCAGAUCUUUCCAGUUGAAAAAUAUCUCAUGACUGCCUAUUUUUACAUUUUAGCACCAUUUUUGUGAUUUAACUUAAAAGUACAGUGCAAGAAGUUAACAUUUUUCCUUUUAUCAUUUCUGUUGGGAGCUGUUUGAGAAUGAACAAAUACUUUUAUAUCCUUAUACAAGAACCACUUUUGUGACAUUGCAUGCCUUUUUAAAGACAAAAAUCUACAGAUGGUUGUUUGUACCGUGUACACUUUAGGGUUGCCUUGUGUACUGAACUAUGUAGCUGAGAGUCUUUUAUACUUUCAGCUAACGUACAUAGCAAGGAAAACUAUUUUACACUGUGCUUAUAAAUUUAAAGUUUCUUAAAAAUCAACAACUUUGAUUCUUUUGUAGACAUUUAACAGUCUUUAAAUUUUAGUUGAGUUUUUGUAUAUUUUAUUUAAAACAUUUUCAACUGAUGCAUUUGGCUUUAAAACAUGAAUCAAUUUGAUGAUACAUUUAAUACAGAUGGCCUUUAGGUAAUACUAAUUAUCUUCUGUUGCAAAUGAACUGCAAGGUCAAAUAUAUAUUUUAUGCUUCACAAUCAGUGCUAUAAAAAACGUUAGAUAAGCAAAUACAAUUUCCUUAGAGAAUCAUGUUAACUUAAAAAAAUUCUUUGUAAACUGAAGCUAAGAAUACUCUGCACAGCUUUUAAGUAUUUUUUGCAUACUUAUGUAUGCAGAUGGAAAAUGGAAAUUAUUUUUAAUCUACAGCAAAAUCCCUAUUACAAGUUUAUCAAAAUCUGGUUUGUAUCACAAUCUAAUGUAGAUUAAACUGUGUUAGCAGGUGCACUUAUUACUCCUGGAAUUAAAAACAUUUUGAUAGUCUGUUCUGCAUACCAUUCUGAGUCCACUUUUCAGUCUUAGAAGGAUCGUAAAUUUCAGUGUCCUUUAUUUGACUCAGUGGGAUAUAACUGUUGUACGUAAUGGGACACAGAUGUGCAGUAGUAGCUUGUUUAAUGGCAUUUCACUGUUCAUUCCCUUUGCCACCAUUAUAAAAUUUUGCUUUAUUGUACUUAUCAGUGCAAAGUGUAUUUAUCAUGGUAGAACUCCAGUGUUGAAAUAGGUUUUUUUCUUUUCAAUAUAUUUUCUUGGAAUAAGGUUGUGUAUGUGUUUCCUGAUUACAUUAGAAAUUGGUGUUAUGUCAUUAUUUAUCACACUGUUUUAUGAGAGAAGUAAUAAAAGUGUGUAAUUAGGAGAAAAGGUUUUUGUUAAACUUAGGUAAGCAUGAUGUUUGGGUCCUAUUUUUCAAUUUUAUAACUGUUUUACUGCAACAAUAUUUGUAUUUAAGUCUCCAUUUCUAAUGCCUUGUGAUUUUUUUUCAUGCAUGUCACUGAAUUGUCAUCCCACAAAAAUUGAUGUCCAGCAUAGGGUGUUAAAUCUACAUAAUGAUUUUGAAACCGAGAAAUAGUUGGUGGUAAAAUUGUAAAUGUUUUGCAGAGAACCUUAUAAAAAGUUUUGUAGUAAUAUUUCACUUGUAAAUUUUUUGUAAUAAAAAGAAAAAAAGAAAAAAUACAAGAAACACCCAUUCUAGAACCUACAAAUUAAUUCUGCCAGCAAAGCCUCUAAGGCAUUAAUUUUUACUAUGCUAAUUUGUAUAAAUUUUGUGUGUUUUUUGUGGAUUUGGAACUAAAACUGUGUAGAUGUUGUUGCCUGCAAUAACAUUUUGCAAGUAACCUAUUAAAAUUCUUUUGAGUUUAAAUGUA